UGGAUGCCCUGGAAUACCGACUAUAUGCACAGGGACUCUUCUGGGGCAGAAAUGAACCAGUGGAUCCUGGGAACAAGGCUAAUUUCAGCAUCCAGUACAUGACAGAAUACUAUGCAAUGGGAUAUCACUGUUACUAUCACACCCCUGCUGGAUGGUCAAAUCACAGUGACACCCUGGAGCUGGUGGUGACAGGAGUCUAUAGCAAACCCAUCCUCUCAGCUCUGCCGAGCCCUGUGGUGACCUCAGGGGGGAAUGUGACCCUUCAGUGUGGAUCACAGAAGGGAUUUAGCAAGUUUACUUUGAUCAAGGAAGGAGAACCAAAGCUCUCCUGGACACUGGACUCACAGCCUCUCUCCAAUGGGCAGUUCCAGGCCCUGUUCCCUGUGGGUCCUGUGACUCCUGGGCACAGGUGGAUGUUCAGAUGCUAUGGCUAUUACAGGAGAAAACCCCAGGUGUGGUCAGAACUCAGUGACCCCCUGGAGCUCGUGGUCUCAGGAUCCUCUAUACAGCCUGGCUCCUCAACCACAAAGCCAACCUCAACAGCUAGACCCUCUGUGAAGCCCAGGCCCCCACCUACAGGGCCCACCUCAGCACCUGCCCCACAACCCCAGGAUCAUACUAUGGAGAAUCUCAUCCGCAUGGGCAUGGCUGCCUUGAUCCUGGUGGCCCUUGGGAUUCUGCUGUUUCAGGAGUGGCCUGGCCAGAGAAGCCCCCAAGAUGUCACCAGGUGACUCCAGAGACAGCAAAGCACCAUCCGGUGCGGGAGAGCCUUGGAGGUAACUCUGAUGCUCCUGGAAGUUUCUGAAAUUAAAUCUAGGGCACGUGCUAUCAGGACUGUCUGCGGUCAUUUCCAGAGGGAGAGAUCAGUGUUUGAAUUCAGGGAUGCUGUGUGGAGUGUGUCUGAAUAGGACAUUAAACUCUGAUACUUUUCCUCUCCACCAAUGUCGACUGCCCUUGCCGAUCCCCUCCUUUUCCCACCCCAGGCAUGAAGCUGCAUCCCACGUGGCAGCUCUGAGUCCGGAACUCUGCACAUCUGCACAAUCUGGUCAACUGUUAGGUCACAGAGUUUUUUUUUUCUUUCUAACUGCCCCAUUCCCUGAUGCAUUUCAUCAGUCUCUAUCAUUUCACUUCAGAGUUCCAAACUUUGUCCAAUAACUACGUGAGAAUGGGAGAUCAAUUUUCAACCAGGAAAAUGUGUAAAUAAAAAAUGAUGCCCUGCAAGAGUGCAAGUCAAACUCAUCAAGUAUAGAACAUAAAUGUCUU